AUGAAGAUCUUCUCCGUCUUUGGCGCCUUCUCAGCGCUGCUGUCCUGCACAGUCGUCUCCGCGCAGUCCGACCCCGACACCAUUGGCACCAUCUACGAUGGCGAUGUGCCAGCCGACCUAUACGGAACCAACUACACUUACCCAUGGCAGGUGAAGCAGUACAAGUUCUCCAAUCAGCGCCAGAAACUUGAGAUGGCGUUCAUGGACCUACCGCCCAGCGCCAAUGACAAGAAUAAGACCGCUGUUUUGCUGCACGGCGGAAACUUCUGCGGCGUUACAUGGGCCGACACUGCGCGUCAGCUCUCAGCCGCCGGCUACCGAGUGAUCUUGCCCGACGACAUCGGUUUCUGCAAGUCAAGCAAGCCCCAGGGCUAUGCCUACAACACACACCAGCAGGCCUGGAACAUCAAAAGCCUACUCACUGCGCUGGAAAUCGAACAAGCCACCGUGAUCGGCCAUUCGAUGGGUGGAAUGAUUGCCGCCCGCUACGCCCUCAUGUACCCAGACAACGUUGACCAGCUUGUUCUCGUCGAUCCCCUGGGUCUGGAGGACUGGGUAGCCAAGGGCGUGCCAUACCUAUCAAUUGAUGCGAGCUACGAGAGCCAGGUUGCACAGAACUUCACCACUCUCAAGGCAUAUGAGGAAGCAACUUAUUUCCACAAUGCCACCUGGAAGCCUGAGUAUGAUACCUGGGUCCAGAUGCUGGCGGAUAUCUAUGCUGGCGAGUAUGGCCCCAGCUAUGCUUAUGUGAUGGCCCUCGUCACCGACGCCUUGCUCAGCCAGCCUGUCGUUUACCAGCUGCCGAACUUGAAGACCCGGACUUUCCUCAUGGUGGGGGAGAACGAUAUUACCGCGCUUGGCAAGAUAUGGUCAUCUCCUGAAGUUGCUGCCACACUGGGCCAUUACGAUGUCCUCGGUCCUGCUGUCGCAGCCACAAUCCCUAACUGCACGUUCCACAUGUUCCCCGGUCUAGGCCAUGCGCCCUUCAUCCAGGACCCAGAAGUGUUCUACGAGAAGCUUCUUUCUUGGUUGGAGUAA